AUGGCAGUGGAAGCUUGUUUGCGGUUAGCUGGUUUUAAUGAGGAAGACAUUCAAGAUUUUGUAGAACGCCAUAGUGGAACACAAGCAACGGUUGAGGGUACAAGUUUGACACCACAAACUACCGAACCAGAACACCAAUUACUUCAAUAUGUUCAUAUUGCUAGAAGAGCCAAGGGAUCAACAGGUCAGGUUCUAUUGCAAUUACUUGAAAUGCGCUUGGAUAAUAUCCUUUUUCGAUUGGGUAUGGCGCUUACCAUUCCUGAAGCCAGACAAUUAGUCAACCAUAGGCAUAUCCUGGUCAAUGAUCGUAUAAUACUUCGUACAGUACCUAAUAAAUUAUUAGGUGUCCUUUUAAUGGCUUCAGUACCUGCAGGACUAUUGACAGUCCCUUUCUUGGAGAAUGUGAAUCAAUUUCAAAAUCCAUUUCGUCGUCCAGUAGCUACAACAGUAUUCUUAUUCGGUACCGCAGUAGCUCUUUGGUUAGGUAUUGGGGCAACGUUACCUAUCGAUGAAUCUUUAACUCUAGGUCUUUUCCAAUUUGAUCUAAUUUAG